AGUAAAGUCUGUAGACCAGUAGUAGUAGUCUCAAAGUCUUUAUCUGAAUAACCAAAACUGACAUUCUUGAUUCUUCACACCAAAAUCCUCUCUCCUUAUUUACAGUAAUGGCGGACCAAUUUACCCCUCCAUUCUCAUCAAAAUUACCGAAUUAGCCCAUCCUCUUUUUAGAUUCCACCAACCGUUGGAAUUGAAAAAAAGAUACAGUUCCGAUGGAACUCAUUUAACUAAAGCCUAAUUUCUUAAUUAACUUGCCUUGUACAUACAUAGAGGUGGCCGCCUGUAAAUAGUUUAAAAUUAUUUAAAAAAAAUGGAUUUCGUGGAGGAAGUUGGGGAGAGCUCGUCGCCGGCGCGGAGUUACGGCAGCUUCGGCGGCGGCGGAAACGAUGUGAUCAAGAACGAUGUGUACAAUCGGCUGAUUGAGAAUGGUAACGAAGAGGCGAUUAGUAAUCCUGAUUUUCUCGAACAGUUGGAUGCCCACUUCCACCGCCUCCCUCUGAGUUAUGGGCUGGAUAUUAAUAUGGAUAGAGUGGAAGACGUGUUGUUACAUCAAAAGCUUCUAUCUCGGGCAAAGGAUCCUGAAAAUCAACCCGUUUUCUUCAUCCGUUUUCUCGAGAGUGUUUGUAAUAGAGAUGAUGAUUUUGAUGGCGAACAAGUGUCGAGUGUUCCUCGUGUUUCACUCCCACAUAAUAGUGUCAACAACGGCGUCCAAUCAUUAAACGACAGGAAUUCUGGGGGCGACUUUGAGACUUGCUCUAAGCUCGAGGAUCUGAAUUUGGAUGUUAGGAGGAAUUCUAAUGACAUAAAUCGACGGGAUUCGGCUGAAGAUUUUACCAGACGGCAGGACACGUUACACACACCAAUUCAUGAAAUAAUAUUUUCGACCGCCGACAAGCCGAAGCUUCUUAGUCAGCUUUCUGCUUUGCUCUCGGACGUAGGACUGAAUAUUCGUGAAGCGCAUGUGUUUUCAACAAUUGACGGCUACUCUUUAGACGUGUUUGUUGUCGAUGGAUGGCAUUCUGAGGAUACAGAAGGUUUAUACGACCUGAUGCAUAAAGCAAUUGCUGGAAGUGAGGGAACAUGGUCCGGUUCUUCGCGCAUUCAAACAAUUGCGGACAAAGCUAUUGCUUCACCGAAGAAACAAGAAGAUUGGGAAAUCGACUGGAGAUUAUUGAAAAUGGGGGAAAAAAUCGCCGCUGGAUCUUGCGGAGACCUGUAUCGUGGAAUAUACCUCGGUGAAGAUGUUGCUAUUAAGGUACUUAGGUCUGAGCAUUUGAAUAACUCUCUCGAAGUCGAGUUUGCACAGGAGGUUGCCAUUUUAAGAGAGGUACGACAUGAAAAUAUUGUAAGUUUCAUCGGUGCUUGCACAAAGUUGCCACAUUUAUGCAUUAUUACAGAGUACAUGCCUCGGGGGAGCCUAUACGAAUACUUGCAUAAAAAUCAUCGUGAGUUAAAGCUCCCGCAAUUGCUGAAAUACGCAAUUGAUGUGUGCAAAGGAAUGGAGUACUUGCACGAAAAGAAUGUUAUCCACAGAGAUUUGAAGACUGCAAAUUUGCUUAUGGAUACUUCCAAUGUUGUUAAGGUGGCGGAUUUUGGAGUUGCUCGGUUUCAGAACAAUGGCGGUGUGAUGACAGCAGAAACCGGAACGUACAGGUGGAUGGCACCCGAGGUGAUAAAUCAUCAACCAUAUGACCAAAAAGCCGAUGUUUUCAGCUUUGCCAUAGUUCUUUGGGAGCUCGUGACAGCCAAAAUUCCUUAUGAUACGAUGACUCCUCUACAAGCCGCCCUUGGUGUCAGACAGGGUCUUCGACCGGAACUUCCAAAAAAUGCGCAUCCCAAGUUAAUAGAGAUAAUGCAGAAAUGUUGGGAAGCUCUUCCUAUUAAUCGGCCUCCGUUCAGCGAAAUCAGAAUCGAACUUGAAGAACUCAUACAACAAGUUAAGGAUACUCGAGAUGAAGCAAACGGUUGCUGAGUAUAAUAUAUAUACACUGACAUAUAUAUUUCUACAUAUAUAUACGUGUAUACAUCGGCGUGUUUUGACACUAACUAGUGAGAGCUUCUUUCGUUCAUAUAUAUAGAGAUGAAUUUCUUUAUUUACAUGGCACUGAAAAACUAUCUCGAUCGGGCGAGAAAAAAAAAAACCGUAUAUUUAUAUAUAAAUAGGGGCAUUAGUUUGUACUUUGUAGCAGUUUUGGAGUAAGAAUGUGUCACUUUUAAACAUGGUUAUCGAAUCGGAAAAUAUCGGCGUAUUGUUUUCC